GUCAUCGUUGUCAGCACAGCGACGUCAUCAGAUGACUAUUUGUGCGGCGCUGUUCUCACCGUGCUGCCUGCAGGUCUGUAAAAAAACAUGGCUUCACGACACACACACACACGCAGCAUCACACCAGGGACAUCACGAUGACUGACACACGCAGCUUUCAACACCAGCGUCUGGGGGGGGGUUCUUGGCGGCCGUCCAGACUGUAGCGUAACAUAACAGUCACUGACGCCCCGUGGUGCACAGUGAUGAACGACCUGACGAGUGUCAAGUGCGUGAUUAGAGAAGGCUGGACGUGCACGCUGCCUGUUCAGACUCAUGUCAGGUCUGCUCGUGAUGAAUGGAGGAAAGGAAACGAGACGAUUGGGGGGGAAAAAAAAGGCAGUGCAGCAAGAACUAUUUUUAGCAGGAAUUAGUUUUGUUUUUGUUUUUUUUUUAACAGCUGCAGACGGAGGAUCGGCAGGUUCACACAGCAAGCAAACAGACACAGAUGCCUUUCAGAAAACUGUGGACAAGUUUGGUCACCUGGACAUCGUGAUCAACAACGCCGGCAUCAACAAUGAAAAGAACUGGGAGAAGAUGAUAGAGGUCAACCUGACGUCUGUCAUCAAGGGCACCUAUCUGGCACUGGAGCACAUGAGCAAAGAGCAUGGCAAGCAAGGUGGUACCAUCAUCAACGUGUCCUCCAUGGCAGCCUUCCUCCAUUCUCCUCAUCAGCCCGUCUACACUGCGACCAAACACGGUGUGAUCGGCUUCACUAGAGUUAUGGCAGAUGCUUCCAUUCGGGGCGACUACGGUGUUCGCAUCAACGCCCUGUGUCCGGGCUUCGUGGACACUCCUCUGCUGCAGUCAGUGGAGCUGGAGGACAACAUGGGCAAGUUUGUCAAGUUCAAGGACGACUUCAAACACAGUAUGAACAAGUUUGGAGUUUUACAGCCAUCUUUCAUAGCAGAGGGCAUGAUGCGAUUGGUCACGGACUCCGGUCUAAACGGGGCCGUGAUGAAGAUCACCUGCUCGAAAGGAAUCCACUUUCACACCUACGAACCCAUGUCUGUGUGAGCCUGGACACUGCCUGCAGUGUUCUAGACCUUUUCUGACUGUGGUGGACCACCAGAGACUGAUUCCAGGAGACGUUUCAUUGUCUCCGCAUGGGAGCAUUUCUUGAAAUUUCAUUAUUUAAUUAACAAGCAUGUAAACUUUGUUUAAAACAUAAACACGUAGUCAGGGUCGGCCACAGUAAGAGACAAACAUGGAGUUGUGUGUCAUUCCUGUGAAAUAUGAAAACGUGUGGUUGCAGCUCAACAUAUUUAUAUUUUUUGUGUGUAUUUUUAUUCUCUUUUAAAUUCUUUCUUCUUUUUUUUUUUCUAAUACAUUUGAGGUUUGAAUUACUUUUCCAUCUUCCAAAAAAAGUAACGGGACUUCGGAAAACAUGGUCAGUUGCACAUUUUAACCACUUUGGAAGAAUAUUUUCUGUUACAACUCACAGGACAUUUGAACACAGUGUAGAGACAGACAGCCAUUAUAAUUAAGAGCAACUCAAAAUUGAUAAAUUUACCUAUGACCCUAAAA